AUUGAGAGGAGGGGCGGGGUUUGUUCCGCGCGCACCGCUCGGGGCCGCGCCGAGGCCAGGGCGCGCGCGCUUUGCUGCUCGUUCUUUGUCCUCCAUUACAGCUGGUGAUCGCAGCUCCGCCGCACAGCGCAGGCCCGAAGUAGCGCAGCCGCUCUGAGUGUGUUUGAGAGAAACUGUAUCGGGUGAUGGAAGACCACACGGUGCAUCAGACGGAGCACAUGACCACUAUUGAGGCCCACGCCGUCAGUCAGCAGGUGCACGUGGCCACGUACACAGAGCAUGGCAUGCUGAGCGCUGAUGAAGAUUCGCCGUCCUCGCCUGAUGAUGAUAUUUACGAUGACUCUGAUAUACUUAACUCAACUGGAACAGAUGAGGUGACCGCACAUCUGGCUGCUGCAGGGCCUGUUGGCAUGGCAGCAGCCGCAGCUGUGGCAACAGGGAAGAAACGAAAGCGACCGCACAUCUUUGAAUCGAACCCUUCAAUCCGUAAAAGACAACAGACUCGUUUACUUAGGAAGCUGAGAGCAACUCUGGACGAGUACACAACACGAGUUGGCCAACAGGCUAUCGUGUUGUGCAUCUCUCCCUCUAAACCGAACCCUGUGUUUAGAGUAUUUGGAGCGGCACCAUUAGAGAAUGUGGUGAGAAAAUACAAGAGCAUGAUUCUGGAGGAUUUGGAAAACGCUCUGGCUGAACAUGCACCCCCUGGCGGUGGAGAACUCACCUCUGAACUGCCUCCUCUGACUAUUGACGGCAUACCAGUAUCUGUGGACAAGAUGACACAGGCCCAACUCCGAGCGUUCAUUCCAGAAAUGCUAAAGUAUUCCACAGGCCGUGGGAAGCCUGGCUGGGGGAAAGAGAGCUGCAAGCCCAUCUGGUGGCCAGAGGACAUUCCCUGGGCCAACGUACGCAGUGAUGUCCGAACAGAAGAGCAGAAACAGAGGGUGUCAUGGACGCAAGCCCUGAGGACUAUCGUUAAAAACUGCUAUAAGCAGCAUGGGAGAGAGGACCUGCUCUACGCCUUUGAGGACCAGAUCACCACACAAGUUGCCACAACAACCACUCACAGCAUCGCACACCUGGUGCCGUCACAGACCGUAGUGCAGACGAUCAGUAAUCCUGAUGGAACCGUCUCGCUCAUACAGGUUGGAACUGGAGCCACGGUAGCAACACUGGCAGAUGCGUCAGAAUUGCCCGGCACGGUGACGGUGGCCCAGGUGAAUUACUCCACAGUGACAGAUGGAGAGGAGGUACAGAAUUGGGCCACACUACAGGGAGGCGAGAUGACCAUCCAGACCACGCAACCGUCAGAAGCCACGCAGGCGGUGGCCUCCUUAGCCGAAGCUGCGGUAGCUGCCUCGCACGAGAUGCAGCCAGGGACAACUGUUACUAUGGCACUCAACAGUGAAGCAGCAGCUCACGCAGUGGCGACGUUAGCAGAAGCGACUCUUCAGGGAGGAGGACAAAUUGUGUUAGCAGGAGAAACAGCGGCUGCAGUAGGAGCUUUAACUGGCGUUUCGGAUGGCAGUGGUCUCGUCCAGAUUCCAGUCAGCAUGUAUCAGACUGUGGUCACCAGUUUGGCCCAGGGAAAUCGACCCGUUCAGGUGGCCAUGGCUCCCAUAACCACGCGCAUCGACAACACGGUGACGCUUGACGGACAGGCGGUGGAAGUGGUGACCCUAGAACAGUGACAUACUCUACCCCUGCAGGUGUGUGGGACAGGACGUCCGGCGUCUAUGUGAAUAGCUGCUGGAAUAUAGUGUAAAAAUAAGAUUUGAAGCUGUUCACGUGUCUGCAGGGGGCUGGAUAGUUCUUUUGUUUUUCUCUUUUACAUUGUACACAGUUCAUUGUCUAUAUUUUCUUUGCUAGUGUUGUUAAAUUUGUUUUUCGUUUUUUUAGCUGAUGUUUGAUAAAUGUAUUGCAGAGGAUAACGAAAUCAACCAUGUUUUCAACCUUCAAUAAUUGGUAUAAUUUAAUUUCUUCCCAUGCAAGCAUUGUGUUGGUCAUUCUUGAUAUUUCCUUAGUUUUCAUAUACAUGCAUGCAUGCAUACAGACAUGAAUGCAUACAUGCACACAUACAUACAUAUAAAUAUAUAUAGAUAUAGCAAAACAUCUUGUGCCAUAUUUGAGUCAUUUUAUUAAUAUGUGUGAACUGCAUUAUGAUUUUAGUGUUAGAUACCAUUGACUACUGAGGUGACAUGCAUGUUUUUUUGCUUUUUGUCAGUCUGUUUAAUGUAGAAUUCUUUGUAUGCAUUUCACAUUAACUCCCAAUGUAAAAAAUGCUAUGACCUUGAAUGAUUAUGUGGUAUGUUGAAUGAGACCACUGUUUCCUGUCGGUACAGAAUUGUUAUUGAUAUUUGAGCACAGUCGAUCAGAGCCAUCUAUAGACUUUCACUGAAUUAAACUAUUAAUCGAUAACUAUAAAUGUCGACGACUUACCAACGAUGAGGCUGAAGAUGUAGCACUCCAUUAAUGUCAACUUUUAUACUUCAGAACAUGAACAGAACUGUGCAUAACUGAUUCUGUCAUGAAAAUGUUAUUUAUUUUUUAUUUAUUUUUCUGAAUGUUUAGAUGUGCGCUCAUAUCUUUAGAACAACACACAAAAUCACACAUUGAAAGAGGUAAAGGUAUGAUAGAGGACACAUUCUGAUUUUAUUGCAAAGUUAAAGAAUCAUAAGUUCAUAUCUUCUUCUUUCUCUCACAAACUCCCAUAUCGUUUCUACAAUGCAAAUAUAGAUGUUUUGUUAUGGUUAAGCACCUCCUCCACCCAUAACCCAUCAAGGUCUCUGCUCCUGGUCGGAUUGAAUUUUUAUACAAUUGUAAAACCUCAUACAAGAUGCUUUUUAUGUAAAUUUUGUAAAAUAUAAGGUUUGAUGAAACCGAACUCUCCCAUGUUGCCGGUGAAUGAAUGAUGGUGACGUUGGCGGAGUUCAUCUUCCCCUUUUUAUCCAGUCUUGGAAAUAAAAUGGCUACUAUUCAAAA